CCCCGAGCCUCGGCGGAGCGGAGCGGCCUCGGCGCUCCGGUGUCCCGCUCGGUCCCUGCUGCACCCCGCCGCCUCGGAGCCCGGUGGACGGCGGCUCCCGCGGCGGCCCCGGCAUGACUCGGCGGCGCUCGGCUCCGGCGUCCUGGCUGCUCCUGUCGCUGCUCGGUGUUGCAGUGUCCCUGGAAGUGUCUGAGAGCCCUGGCAGUGUCCAGGUGGCCCGGGGCCAGACAGCCGUCCUGCCGUGCGCCUUCUCUACCAGUGCUGCUCUCAUUAACCUCAAUGUCAUUUGGAUGGUCAUUCCUCUCUCGAAUGCAAACCAGCCUGAACAGGUCAUUCUCUAUCAGGGUGGACAGAUGUUUGACGGUGCCCCCAGGUUCCAUGGGAGGGUAGGAUUUACAGGCACCAUGCCUGCUACCAAUGUCUCCAUCUUCAUCAACAACACUCAGCUGUCAGAUACGGGUACCUACCAGUGCUUGGUGAACAACCUUCCAGACAGAGGGGGCAGGAACAUUGGGGUUGCUGGCCUCACAGUGUUAGUUCCCCCUUCUGCUCCACACUGCCAAAUCCAAGGAUCCCAGGACAUCGGCAGCGAUGUCAUCCUUCUGUGUAGUUCAGAGGAAGGCAUCCCUCGGCCCACUUAUCUUUGGGAGAAGUUAGAUAAUACGCUCAAGCUACCUCCAACGGCCACUCAGGACCAGGUCCAGGGAACAGUCACCAUCCGGAAUAUCAGUGCCCUGUCUUCGGGUCUGUACCAGUGUGUGGCUUCUAAUGCCAUCGGGACGAGCACCUGUCUCCUGGAUCUCCAGGUUAUCUCACCCCAGCCCCGAAGCGUUGGAGUAAUAGCUGGAGCAGUCGGUACCGGUGUAGUUCUCGUCAUCAUUUGCAUUGCACUGAUUUCAGGAGCGUUCUUUUACUGGAGAAGCAAAAAUAAAGAGGAGGAGGAGGAAGAGAUUCCUAAUGAAAUCAGAGAGGAUGAUCUUCCACCUAAAUGCUCUUCUGCCAAAGCAUUUCACACAGAGGUAUCCUCCUCAGAAAAUAACACGUUGACCUCUUCCAAUACCUACAACAGUCGAUACUGGAACAACAAUCCCAAAACCCAUAGAAACACAGAGUCCUUCAACCACUUCAGUGACUUACGCCAGUCUUUCUCUGGCAAUGCCGUUAUCCCAUCCAUCUAUGCAAAUGGGAACCAUCUGGUCUCUGGCCCACAUAAGACUCUGGUAGUGACAACCAACAGGGGGUCAUCACCCCAGGUCAUGCCCAGGAACAAUGGUUCAGUAAGCAGGAAACCUUGGCCUCAGCACACACACUCCUAUACCGUCAGCCAAGUGACCCUGGAGCGCAUUGGGGCAGUACCGGUCAUGGUGCCUGCCCAGAGUCGGGCAGGAUCCCUGGUGUAGGAUGUUUGGAGAUGCCCUGUCCAGAAGAGAAUAAAUGGAAUGCCUCCCGACAAGGGGGAGAGCAGGAGUGGGUGAGUGCUGGAAAGAUAGACUUUUGUUAUGAUCACAUUAGUAAAAAAGCACCAAGAGGGCGGUGCUAUUGCCUGGCCACUGCAAUGUGUGACGCACGCGGCCUGGAAUAUUCCGUCAUGAAGACUCAAGAAGAUUGUUUCCCCACCACAGUUGUCCUGGGAUUCAGUUAAAAAAUGCUGUGUCUCAAAUGAUGUGCCAAGCCAAGGAGAUUUCUAAAAGCAGAAUAGCACUUACGACCCAAACCGUGGUCCAGCAGUCUUCUUGCCUUCCUUGCCUGUGGGCAUGGUCUUCACAGGGAAUGGCCUCCUGGCUUCAGUUAUUGCAGGGAAUGGAAACCAACAGUGAUUGCCUAUACUGUUUUUCCAAGAGGGCCACACUCAGAACUCCACUACUGUGACCAUUUCAAUGUUGAUAAGAAGAUGAAUUUACCAUAGUGUUACUUUUUUUUCAUUUGAUGGUUAUUGACUUUGUAAAAAUUUAAAUAAAUGAAUGUCUAUACUUUUUAAAGAAAAGUGAAAAUACCAUGCCACAGAAGAGAUAAUACUAUCAGAUGCUGUUUAGAAAGCAUUUAUCUUGCAUUUCUUUAUUCUUUCUAAUUGCCUAAAAUUCAAUAAAAGUUUAUUCAUAUAAAA